AUGAGCUGUUCGAAUUCCUUCCGCUUCCUGCGGCCGUAUCUCUGCAGGAACCUACCUGCCGCACGGAAAUCCGCAUACCUGCGUUUCUUUUCUACCACGAAAUGCAGACUCGAUGAACACGGUAUUAAAUCCGAUGGGGGACUCAAGCAUAAGAGUGUGCCAGACCCAGAUAGAGCUGAGAGAUUGGAGAGUGCUGGUCUUUUGAAAUGGCCGCGAAUUCAGAGGGAUGUAGAUGCAAUUUCCGCAAAAGAAUUUAAUCGUCGUUAUAAAUCAUUAAAUCCAAAAGAAACAUCUGAGAAUAAUGUGAUUGUUAGAGGAAGAGUAGCCAAAGUCCGAUUACUGGGGAAAGGUCUGGCAUUUCUUGACAUCGUUGAGGAUGGGUACACGGUUCAAGGCAUGUUGAAUUUGAAAGCCCUGGAAGCAUCUUCCCCGACUGCAGAAAAAGAUUUUGAACGUCUAAGAUACAUUUGCCGUGUAGGGGACAUCGUCUCUUUGCGUGGUCGUCCAUAUAUGCCUGCCCGUACAAAAUCCCCUUCUAUAAACUGUGAUGGGAUUCCGCAAUUCCUAUCUCCCACUCUUCACAUCACUCCCGAUACCAUCCAAGACAAAGAGGCCUUGAUUCGAAAUCGGCAUCUUGAUCUCCUCGUCAAUGCAAAAUCGGCUCAAGUUGUCAGAGCUCGGUCUUACAUUAUCCAGGCCAUUCGAGCUUUUCUUUUGAAUGAUGAUUUCAUCGAAGUGCAAACUCCAAUGAUUGCGGAUACCGCUGGAGGUGCUGUUGCCAAGUCUUUCAAGACGUAUGCUACCGAGUUUCCUGACAAGGAACUUGCUUUGCGUAUCGCCCCAGAACUAUGGCUGAAGCGUUUAAUCAUUGGUGGGAUGGCAAGGGUCUUUGAGAUAGGACCAGCCUUCCGCAAUGAGGGUAUAGAUGCUACUCACAAUCCAGAGUUCACAACAUGCGAGUUCUACAAGUCCUUUGCAGAUCUUGAACAGCUGAUAGAGAUGACCGAGCACAUGAUCGCAGGUAUUGCAACACGAUUAACAAGCUUACGUGCUAGCUCUCUAUCAGUCUUGCCCGAGAUACCAGCAUCCCUUCAUAUGGGGACCUUCCAAAGGAUCGAAUUUAUCCCAGCUAUCGAGGAAGGUCUCGGAGAGAAACUUCCCGACCUAGCUGCUGAUGAUGCUACAUCCAAACUCAUCUCUCUGUUUGACAAGCAUUCAAUACCUACUCCUUCUUCGCCAACAUUACCACGUUUACUUGACAAGCUAGGUACAACAUACAUUGAACCCCAAUGCGAAGCACCCACAUUCAUCAUGUACCAUCCAGCGUGCAUGGCGCCGCUGGCGAAAUCUUUUCAUCACCCUGGGAUCAAUCAAAAUGUUUCUGCAAGGGCAGAAUUGUUCAUUCAACAGCGAGAAAUCGCAAACAUGUACGAGGAAGAGAAUAGUCCAAUCGAGCAGAGAACCAAAAUGGAGCUUCAGGCCAGAUACCGGGAUGCUGAGAAUGACGCCCACGUCGACCAGGGCUAUAUCGAGGCUCUUGAAUGGGGUCUUCCACCGACCGGUGGUUGGGGGUGUGGUGUAGAUCGACUUGUCAUGCUCUUUACUGGUUGUACCCGGAUUGCGGACGUUUUGCCUUUUGGAAAUCUGAGAAACGUUGUGAAUCUAGGAAGUCCAGCUCCAAGAACCUCCACGUCAAAGUCAUCGUUGACUGAAACUAUGAAGGGUUAG